AGUUUAGAAAGUGCCUUUUACGCAUAUUCUCGAAAUGUUCGUUGUCAGAAGUGAUUUGUUUGUGAUAUUCCCCUUCAAAUUUUGCUAGAAUAUGAAACGUGGAGUAGAAUUCAAUAUAUAGAGUGCGAGCAAUUGUUUAAUCGGUUUUUUGAGCAUCUGUCGUCUGAUAAUUUAUAAUUUACGUUUUAACUUUACUUCUUGUGUUGUGGUGUCGGUAAAAGGAUGACAAAAUGUACAUUUUUGGGGGCAUUAUUCCCGAAAUAAAAGGAUCUUUAAGAAAGUGAAAGAAAGAAGUGAGAUGCCAACGAAUUUUUAGUAUAUAAUCUCCAUGAAGGGUUUACCGCCUGCUCAAUGGGCUUUUUAAAUUUGAAAAGUUACCUUCGUUCGAGACCACCAGGAAGAAAAAAGUAGCGGCAGGUAAUAAACAUGUAUACCAACCGAAAAUCUUACAUUUUAAAAUUACUGCUGGUAGUAUUCGUCGUAUAUGGAUUCGUUCACGUUUUUACCAACUCGGCAGUACCCGUUAUCAGAGAAAUGCAAGAAUCCGGUAGGAAUCUUGCCGCUCUCGGUAGUGCCAACCUCGGUUCAUCAGGUUUCGAAGAUAUUACUGUCAAGGACAUAAUACCCGCCGUCGAUCCGAUCAAAAAUUAUAUAGAAACCCAUCAAAAUGUUGUGAUGGAUGUACAACCAUCAAAACCCGUUCCAUCAAUCAUAGAUAAAGUAAGGGAGGUAACAAAAUGCGUAGACAAACCUAUGGUACCGAAAAUUCAACAACGAGGCGAUUAUUGGGUCCUUUACAAUUACAUAACAGCCGAAAUAAGUCACAGAUGCCAUGAAAGUAUAACAUACACAACUCACGCUGAUUUUUCCUUUAUGGAUAACUUGGUGCCAUUGCUGGAACGAUGGAACGGGCCAAUCAGUAUAGCUCUACACGCUCCGGGAACUGAUUUUCAAAAUACUAUCGACUCCAUAGCAUACCUCAGGGAUUGUACCACGCCCAUGGUGAAAGAAUUGGUUACUUUCCACAUUUAUUUCAGUACGAAACACGUUCCGAAAGAGGUUCCCAAGGAAGAUUCCUUAUUCGCGGAACCUUACAACUGUUCGCUGGUCCCUCCUUUCAUGAAUUUCUCCAGCGAAAAUAUGUACAAGGCUCAGAAGAAGCUUCUGUAUCCCGUAAACGUCGGUAGGAACGUGGCUCGAGAAAUGGCUCAAACACAUUUCAUCUUACCGUCAGAUAUCGAACUGUAUCCUAGUCCUAACGUAAUAGAAAAGUUCCUAGCGAUGAUUGCUGAAAAUAAAGGACCUCUACUCAACAAAAAUCCUAGGGUUUUCCCUCUUACGAUAUUCGAAGUAAGCGCCAAUCAACAAGUACCAGAAAAUAAGACUCAGCUCCGCGAAAUGUUGGCUAACGGUACCGCUAUACCGUUCCACAAAAAAUUAUGUCCAGGUUGCCACACCGUUCCCAAAGCUAAAGAAUGGCAAUCCGCUAACGAAACUGAAGGUUUGCACGUGUUUCACGUCGGUAAACGGAACGGGAAAUUCGUCCAUUGGGAACCGAUAUUCAUAGGAACCCAUGCUGAUCCUUUAUACGACGAAAGACUCAGUUGGGAGGGAAAGAUGGAUAAAAUGACACAGGGUUACGCGUUGUGUGUUUUGAAUUACGACUUCAUGAUUCUCGACAACGCUUUCCUAGUCCACAAACCGGGCAUCAAGAUCUACAAGAAAGAUCCGAGACGCGCAAUGUUGGCGGGGAAAACCCAUCAACUCAUCAAUAAAAUAAUUUUCCCAGAACUAAAGGUCCUUUACGGGGUUAGAAAAGGCUGUGCUGUUUAAACAAACAUGUGAAUGCAAAGGUAAUACUGAACUUUAAGUCGUUUUAGACACUCUUAUAUUUCAUUUUAAAUUAUUGUGAUCAAUUUUUUUUAUUAUUAUUACAUCGCAUUACUUCUAUAUAAUGUUCUUUGUAAGUAUUAUUUAAUUAUAUUGGCUGUCAUUUUUCAUUAUAAAUGUCUUGCCAUAAUAUUUUGAGUUUUAAGUCCGAAAAGUAUUUAUUUGUUUCUUAGGCAGAAAAAAUGGAAAUAUUUUGUAAAUGUUUUAAAAAUAACCUACGUUUCUGUUCAAAUUAAUGUCGUUAAGUACUAAAAACUUAUAAUACAGUCAUUUUUGUUCCGUAUGGCCAAAGAAUAGAAAUUUUUACUCAAUUUUUGCUGAUAUUCAAUGAAAUUAUACCAGUCCAACAUACACAGAUGAUAAUUUAUGGUAUUCUAUCUAUUUUCGACUGUUUUGAACAGCAACAUUCUAUUAAAUGUCUAUUACUAGUGUCCCUAGGUGUUUUCUCGUUUCUUUAUAGUACAUUGUUACAAAUUUGGACAAAAUUGAUGUAUCGGAUUAAUUAAUUAUCAUCGACAACACUUUCCAGGUGUUUUCCCUUUUUUUUUAGUAAUUUAUUGAAUGUUUUGACUUGUUAAAGUGAUCGAUUAUCAAUGCCAAGACUCUUCAGGCAUUUCCUCGUUUCUUUGGCGUAGUUUGCCAGAAUUUUGACAAAAUGGACUUGUUAAAGCAAUUUAUUACCAAUAGCAACACUUUCGAUGUAUUUUUUUCAUUUGUUUAGUGUGAUUCCUUGAAAAUUCUGACAUAAGAGACUUGUUGGAGUGAUUUGUUCCCAGUAGCAAGACUUUCCACAUGCUUUUUCCAUUUUGUUAGUGGAUUUCCUUGAAUAUUGUAACCAUAUUGACUAAUUAAACCCUUCCCGGAUGUUUUUUUAGUGCAAUUUCUUAAGAAUUCCGAGACAAUUGAAUUGGUAACGAGAUUUGUUACCAAAAGCAGAUGUUUUUUCUUUUCUUUUAUGUAAUUUUUCAAAAAUUGUACUUCAAAUUGUUCAUGAUGGACAUAUUUAUCGAAUCCACUUUGCUAGUAAGAAAUGAUAAUGAAAAUUUGAAGAUUGUCUUCUUCCUGGUUCAAUUUGUUAGUUAUAGCUGAUUUUUUGUAUGCCAAAAAGUAGGUUGAUGUGUCAGAAUCAAUUUUGUAAUUGUAAAUUUUGAUUUAUAACACGAAAAACGGAUUUACGGAAUAUUUUCCACCAUAAAAUUUUAAUCGUGACUUCUCUUAUUUAUUUACAAGUGUAUAUUUUCCUAGUUGUAUAUACGAAAACUUUUUAUACAUAUAUCUAGCUUUUAUCUAUUUAGUGUGGAAUUUUUUGAGUGUAUGUGUUACGAAAAAAGCACUUUUUCGAGAUAAAUCAUUUUUAAAGCAUUUAUUCAAAGUCAUUCCUCGUGCGGAAACAUAAUUUGACUCUCAGAGGCAGUUUGAAACAAAUCCCUUGUAGUAUAAUAAUUUGAUGGUAAAAAUUUCGAAAUUUUUUACUCAUUUCGAAUUCAUUUGUCAAAAUAAUUAGUUUGUGAUUUACAUAGUGCAGUGAAAGGUUUACUAAUAAUUUCAGCAGAAAUUAUGACACAAUCUGUAUAUUAUAAAGCUCAUUUUAUAUUUUCCUUACGUAAAUCUUCUCAAUUAAUCGUGAAAUGUAUGGAAUCGUGUUAAACUUAGUCAGACAUAUUACUUAAGGACCUUUUCGGUUCACGAUUUUCGUAAUAAAUUGAUUUUAGUACUCAUUUUAAGCCCUAAUUGUUCUAAUUACAAAUAAUAAUCACUUAAAUAGCCAUUUAAAACGAUAUAAUAACGAAACUAAAGUUUUUACGAGAAAUAUAUACCAAUUUAUUUACGUUAAGAUGCAAUUACUAAAUUAAACAAUGAAACUAAAAUUUUCUCAAAAUAUCAUGAAUAUGAAACAAUUUGUAUAACCUAAAACACCAUUUCAAACAAUUUUGAUCAAAAUUUAAACCAAAUUUUAAUACGACAAAAUAUAGUUGUAAAUACUUACGUAUGACGGUAUUUUAGCACGUUAUACUAUACUAAAAAACAUAAAUUCACUUAAAAUUAUAAUUUUUCUAAUAAAAAUCAAAAAUUCUUAACAAAUUAUAGGUCAAAAUUGAUUUACAUCUUGAUUGAAAAUAAUCCAAAACGUUAUAAAAUAAACAUAACCUAUUAUGUCAAAUUUUAAUUUAACUUUACUCACGAAAAUGAUCGAGUUUAACCGAUUAAAAUGGUGUACAGACAACUUCACUUCGCUAUUUUAAAACCUCGUUUAUAUUCGUUGAACUUUCGAUCAUUGUCGGAUUUUGCGCACGAGUCAUCAGUUUAUCAUUAGAAGUCGUUUGGAGUGGAUGUGGUUUUACUUGUAUUAUAACCACCAUCUUGUUUAUCUUUAUUUUGUUUAAUUAUUGUCUAACGAAUCAAAUAGUGUCUGUAGUGAUUUAGAUCUGGUUAAACUGAUGUGAUACGUGAAAUUUAAUUUAACCUAUUCUCAAAAUAAACAUAACAUGUUUUUAAAAAAUUUGGUUCUGGCUAAAUUUACGCGAGACGUAUACAAAUGAUAAUUUUUUUUUCAACUUAUUAUUUUAUAGAUCUUUUAAUAUGUUUUUAUUGAUAAAUCAUUUUGUUUCUAAAAACCGUCUAAUCAAGAGCAAAAUGGCCGACUCUUCAACUUUUUCUUUCCUUUGGUUUUGAUUUAACAAUUUUCAAGGGAUUUACACAUGAAUCGCUCCUCUGGGUGAUGAAUUAUGAUUAAAACACGGUAAAUAGUGAAUCUCAUCAUCAAACCAACAUUUUACCUAAUAUAUUCACGUUAUUUUAGUAUAUUAUACCAAGUGCCAAUGUUAAACAUUUUCCCACCUAUAAUUUUGUGAUGUAUGUAGACAUUCUGUAUAAUUCGUGUGGUUCCGAUCUUUAAUCAAUGUUUUAACAGUGAAAUAUUUAUAUAUAUAACAGAACCGUACAUCGUAAUAAUAGGCUCAAAUUUGUCAUUUCGUCGCUUCACUUCCAUCUUAUCAUACAAUGUAUGUUCCUGUUGAAGUUCGCGCACGCUUCAUCGGUUCGUAGACACUUCUAAGCAACUGAUUUUUGUUUAUGUCAAAAAAUUCUCAUUAUUUUUAAGACCCCUUUAAAGAUUUUACUUUACAGUUAUUUUAUAACGUCGAGUCGUACAGUCCCAUCUCUUUUCCUUACAUUUCAAGGUCAUUUUCUUUUGUUUAUUUGUAAACGAGGAAUUUGAAAGUUUUCUCGGUGUAAUUGCGAUUUUAAGAUAAAAACUGUUGCUUAGGGGUGUUUAUAUUACGUAAUUAGCCUUGUCAUAUAUUUUUAUAUAAGAAACUAUUUAAAUGCUCAAUAUCUACCGUACCUUUCAAUUAUAGCUGCCUUUAAUGUAAGCGUUUAAAAAAACUGCGUAUUUUUACAAACAUCCUGUAAAAAUAACGAAACUUAUAUAUUGUAAAUAUAUUAAAAGCUUCCUGUAUAUAUCGAUCGUGGAUUUUUGUGUAGCGCUUCGUGCUGCGGAAUGUUAGUCACUUCUUUUAUGCAUAUCGGCCAUUUUUGUAUAACGAUUAUUCGGAAAUAAAUUUUCAGCCAUCUGUCGGUGAUAUCACGAACAUUUUCGAUCGGCAAAUGCAAUUUUUACAGGUUUCUAUAUAAAUUUGUAUACAAGCGUAGUUGCCAAAUGUAAAUUUUUAAUAUAUAUUGAGCGAUUGUACAGGGGUAAUGGGAAAUGUUUUAGUAAAAACAAAGGAGAAAUUAUUUGCUUUAAAAUUCGAAUAAAUUAUUUAUAUAUAUAUAUAUAUAUUAUAUACAGGAAGUCUUUAAUGUAUGGUAGUAGGAGGUAACUUUAUUUUUUUUGACACCCUGUUUUUAUUUGUUUUGCUCAUUAUUUCGUACUUAUCUGUAUUUUAAGUAAUUUAAUUUCGUUCUGUUUCUAUUUUUUAAUGAGAAAAUCGUCCUCUUGAUGUAUUUUUACCAUUUAUUGUGCCUUAUACACUGAUUCUAUGUAGUGGUGAAAUUAUAAAGUAAUUUUGUACCGUAUAUGGAAACUUUUUCUGCAAAUAUAAAAAUUGUGAAAA